AUGAAGGUGGAGACACUUGAGCAAUUUCGAGCUUUUGCAGAAGAUCUUCUUCGGAAGAACCCAAAUGCGCGUUAUUCGAUGAAAUAUCGUGAUGACGAACAAAUAGUAUCUCUCAAAGUGACUGAUGAUGAUAAGACUUACACCAUUGAUAUUAACAAUCACAAAUACCUGAGAAGUGUUACGGAGUUAAAUAUGCGUCUUUUGUCACUGAUGUCUGGCCGUACCAAGUUGGAGUGA